AUGCGACAUCGAGAACCUUGGGAACGUGGCCACGCCGAGGAAAUUGCCCAGGGACUGAUAGCGCGGGGACGGGAUGCUGAGCGUGGCCCAAGUGGUGUGGAUAAUCGCAUCCACAGGGCCCCCAUAAACAAUGGAGCCCUUGAUGGAGCACCCCGGAGUCUCGACUCCAGACGUCCUGAUCGAAUGGUGACCGGUGCUUUUUCAUGUGGUUUUGUUCCCCGGCACUUGCUGCAGGAACGAUCACCACGCCCGAACCAAAUCCCGGCCGAGAAUAUCCACGAUCCACGGUCCUUGGAGCUGGCCCCCGGUCUGCCCGUGGACCAACGCACGUCUGCCAUGGCAAAUGAAUCUCACGAUGGACCCAGCCCCACCAGGGCAAAGACCCCAUGA